AUGACGACCGAAGCUGAGGAGGUGUCGCAAGGCACCAAACGAUCGCAUGAUGAAGUUGAAGCCGACAAUCAAAAGCCAAGGCCCGACGAAGACAGCGAAUCGAGCGACGAUGACCUUGGACCAGCUCUGCCCUCCGCCGAAGCUCCCAAGAAGAAGCGCAGAAAGCUGCCAUAUGAGAAGCAAUAUGUCGCCGCCCUGCCCUUAGCCCCGAGAUAUUCGAAGUCUCUGAUGCAUCGAGACCAGCUCGUACAUUGCACAUUCACGCCGCAUACCGACUUCCUCAUUACCUGUUCAGUCGAUGGGUAUGUCAAGUUCUGGAAGAAGACCACGGGCGGGAUCGAGUUCGUGAAAGAAUACAAGGCACACGAGGGAGAACUCAAGAGCGUCACAGUCAGCACAGAUGGGAGAAGCUAUGCGACUGCGGGCGCAGAUAACACGAUCAAGAUCUUCGAUGUCGCAACAUUUGACCUCUUGGCCAUGCUUGAGCCAGAGAACCCUCCCAAAGCAAUCUGCUUCGUUCACGGUCACGGCUCUUCAUAUCCUUUACUUGCAGUGUCAAGCGAGACCGAUGGCAGCAUCAGCAUAUACGAUGGGCGAGGCGAGAACCAAAAGCCCAUGCACACUAUCGCAGGUCUUCAUCGAAAGCCAGUCCACGUGUUAGCCUACAAUGCUGCAUAUGACUGCGUCUUAUCCGCCGAUGAGAGCGGGAUGAUCGAAUAUUGGCAACCUUCAGGCUCGUAUGAGAAGCCCUCCAAUGUCUUCGAUAUGAAGAGCAGCACGAAUCUGUUUGAGUUCAAGAAGUCGAAGUCUGUUCCAUGCUCGAUAACUGUGUCGCCUUCCGGUGAGCAAUUCGCAACUUUCUCUUUUCCAGAUCGGAAAGUUCGCGUCUUCGACUUUGUUUCCGGCAAGCUAUAUCGAACGUACGAUGAGAGCUUAGCCACGAUCAAUGAUAUGCAGCAAGCUGGAACAUUGAGCACAGAGCCUUUAGAUCCAAUUGAGUUCGGCAGACGCAUGGCUGUGGAGCGGGAGCUGGAAAAUCCAGCCAUUCGCAAUCGCAUCAAUGUCAUCUUUGACGAGAGCGGACAUUUCGUCAUGUACGGCAGCAUACUCGGAACUAAAGUUAUCAACACUUUUUCCAAUCGCAUGGUCAAGCUUUACGGCCGAGAAGAAGCCUUCCGACCGCUGAAUUUGACCUUAUACCAAGGCGCACCAGCAAAGAAAGGCCUCGUCACUGCACAAAUGGCAGCGUCAAGCAACCCCCUACUAGAAGCAGCCGAAGCACGAGAUGCCAUGCUCGUCACAACAGGAUGCGCAAAGGUUCGAUUCUACAUGUUCACCAACGACAACAGCGUCUCCAAAUCAGAUCGCGACAUCCACAACGAGAAACCACGAACCUUAGCAGCAUCCAAGAAGAAAGAAGAAGAAGAAGAACGAGAGGCCAGAAUGGGCACUAGCGCAACCAUCCACACAACCAUGGGCGACAUCUCGAUCCGCCUGUUCCCCCAACACGCUCCAAAAGCAGUCGAGAACUUCACCGUGCACUCCCGAAAGAACUACUAUAACGGCAUCAUCUUCCACCGCGUGAUCCGGAAAUUCAUGAUCCAGACCGGUGAUCCCUUGGGCGAUGGAACCGGUGGCGAAUCGAUCUGGGGCAAGGAAUUCGAAGACGAAUUCACGCCGGAACUUCGUCACGACAAACCUUACACUGUCAGCAUGGCCAACGCCGGACCUGGCACCAAUGCUUCCCAAUUUUUCAUCACGACUGAGCGGACGCCGUGGUUGGAUGAUAAGCAUACGAUCUUUGGGCGUGUGGUUAAGGGGAUGGAUGUUGUGCAUUUGAUUGAGAAUUCGAAGGUUUAUAAGGAGAAGCCGGUCGAGGAUGUUAGGAUUGUUAGUAUUCGUGUUGAUUAGAUAGUGAGUGAGGUAGGGAGCUGGGGAAUUGAUGUCGUGUUCAUUCAUUUAUUGUCCUUCGGAUCUUCUCUCUGCUGAAUGCUGAUGUGGUUGGUAUGAGCUAGCUCCAGAUCAUGGUGAAUUUUUCAGACCAACCAGAACGAGCCGCAUUGCUCAC